AUGGCCAACUCGUUGCUGGAGCUUUUCAGCAUGGAUGCCGAGUCUGCCGAACCAGCUUCCGAAACGCGGAGUCGAGACCCCUUGGCCUUGCAAUUGGUUGAGAAUCGCUUGACCUUGGUGGCCGAAGUGGCUAUCGAGGGUGCAGAGGUCCAAGUCCUCGGUGAGGAGGGGGGCAAUGAGUGGCCGGGCCUCUGUGCCAACGCUCGGUGCCAGCUGCUGCAGCUGACGGUGGACAACCGGCAAGGGUCAGCACCGACCAUCAACCUUUUUGGCAAAGAGCUGGAAGUAGACAUCAGCGCGCGCAACCACAGGCUUGGUCUUUGGGAACCAGUCCUUCCUCGGUGUGGCCUGCGCUUCUCGUACCACACACAGCGCAAGCCGGAUGGAGGGCCUCGUGAUGUCGUCGUUCGUGCAGAUGUCUCAGCCCUCAAGCCUGUGGAAUUGGUGAUCAGUGUGGACCUGAGGGUCACUGAGCUGCCUCCGUCUGGAAGUAGCUCUCCAUCAGAGUUUGCCAAGGUGCCCCAUUUGUACACUUGGCGAGCCGAGUUUUCAAAGAGAGCUGGAGACUCAGCAGCCUCAGUUUGUCUCGUCUCCUCCACCGGCAUUGGCAGGGGCAAAAGUGUCCUCGGGAAUGAGGUGUCGAGGAAAUGCAGUAUGGGCACUUACUGGCUGGUCCUGGCCUCAGACCAUCUCAGGCUCCUGCCACCCCUUUUAUGA